AUGCGGUGCAGCAGCUGCGCCUCGUCGAGGGCGUUCCUGGAGUUUGCCCAGAUCGUCUCCAACGGCUGCCGAAGGCCCGAGGUGGCUAUGGCCCUAAAGCCACUCAGGGAUCGAGGAUCGAGGUUGUCAGCGGCAACGUUAGGGGUGAGGGGGGCAGGCCAUCCGUCGCCAUUUGGGCGCAAGCCUUUUGCUUCCCAAGCCUUCACCAAGUUGGCACAAAGCUGCCCUGUUGGCCCGCAGUCGCGCCCCGCCGCCGCAAGAGAGAUGGCCCGCCUGGCCUUCGCAGUCGUCGCCCUCCUGCUCGCCGGCCAGGGCUGCGCAGCCGUCGACACGACCACCGUCGCGGAGGAGCGGCGCCUGGAGACCACCGAGAGCCCCCAGCCGUCCACAUCGGAGCCCCUGUCGGCGGCGCCCCGCACGGGCGGCCUGGGCCCGCUGGUCCUGGCGCUCCUCGCGCUCCUGCUCUCCGGCAACGGCUGCACGGCCCUGGACACCACCACCCUCGCCGAGGAGCGGCGCCUGGAGACCACCGAGAGCCCGCAGCCGUCCACAUCGGAGCCCCUGUCGGCGGCGCCCCGCACGGGCGGCCUGGGCCCGCUGGUCCUGGCGCUCCUCGCGCUCCUGCUCUCCGGCAACGGCUGCACGGCCCUGGACACCACCACCCUCGCCGAGGAGCGGCGCCUGGAGACCACCGAGAGCCCCCAGCCGUCCACCUCGGAGCCCCUGUCCGCGGCGCCCCGCGCAAGCGGCCCGGGCCUGAUGAUCGUCCUCGGCGCGGCGCUGGGCUUGGGUGCCAGGCGGUGA